CUGUGUCUAAGUUGGUUAAAGCCGCCCUUGCCGCUGCCUGGUAUCCGUUCUCUGGACCUCCGCCGGCCCCGCUUGCUGUUAGCUGUUCCGUCCCGCGACGUCCCCGCGCUUGAGAUGGUGAUUGCUGGUGUUGACGUGCCAUCGCCAGAGCGCGCUGCCGCCUGGUCGGCUGUCGUCGCCAGGCCUCAGUCGGGGCCCGAAAAGGCGACCACGGCCUCAAAGCCUCCUGUACCGCCGGCUCCGAAACCCGCGACAACAGACGCUGAAAAGACUCUUCCCCCCGUACCCGCGGCUCCCCUUGGCGUGGGCGAGGCUGGCCCGUCUGCUCCUGUUGUUGCUCCGCCCGCUCCGUCUGCUGCUCCCGUUCCCCUUGCUCCCGUGGUUGCGCCGACGGCGUCUGCGCCUGCUGGGGAAGCUGUUGAUCCCCCUGUUCCUGCCCCUGGCGCAUUCGUUGCACCGGCUGCUUCUGUCCCCGACGUGCCUGCGCCGGAGUCUGCUUCUUCCCCGAAGGCGGCGUCCGCCACCACUGUCGGCCCGGCUCCGAUGGUUGCGCCUCCGGGCGCGGACCCAACGGCUCCCGCACUGCUGCCGGCGGCCCCUGUAGCGCAGCCGUCUCGUCCCCCGUCGCCGGACCGCCGUCUAUCACGCCCCCAUUCUCCCGUGCCUCAACAGGAGCGCGAGACGUCGCGGCGGCGGCGCAACUCUCCCCGGCGCUACCAGCAGCAGGCCCAGUGGCCUGCUCACCCCGGUGGCAGCGGGGGCUGGAGGGGCCCCCACGGGCGUGGUGGUGGCGGGAGAUACCGUCCGCCUGUGACAAUGGCGGAUCUUCAGCGGGAGGUGUCGCGGGCCGUGCGCGAGGAGAGGGCGGCGCAGAGUCAGAGCAGUUCGCUGCGGGCCGCGCCAGCGCACGUGGCUCCUCGUCAAACUGUGCCUCCCGUGGACCCUCCGCCAGCUGCUGCAUUUCCUCCUCCUGUCCUCGCCCCAUCGGCUCCUUCUCCUUCCGUCUCGGCGCCUGCUCCCGGCUCUCAUCUGCAUUUGCCACCGGUUCCGCCUGUUGCGGGGGUGGAGCGCCACCUUUACUUCCUUCUCUCCCUCUACCACGAAUUCCAAGCUCUCUCCCUUGACUCCUCUACCAAUGCUGCCACCUUUACUCGUCGCCUUACUGACACUGCUCGCCGCCUCACUGAUCGCGGCAUCACCAUCACUGAUUCCCUCCUCAUGGCUCGCAUCCUCGAUGGACUUCCUCCCGCCUACACCACCUACAAGAUUGCCUUCAUCACCACCCGACCCGGCACUCCCUCCUCCUCUGACAUCAUCACUUGGCUACUCGACGCGGAAGCAGAUCUCCUCCACACCUCUCUCUCUACUAUUGCGCUUGCUCGUGGAGGAGGGGGCGGUCGUGGUGGCUUCAGCGGUGGCUAUGGGGGAGGGCGCGGUACCGGACGAAGCAGCUUUUCGGGACGCAGUGGUGGACACUUUGGCUCUCGCCCCCCUGGAGGAGGUGGCCGUGGUGGUGGACGCAGUGGCCCUGCUGGAACCGGCUCAUCACCUGCUGUAUUCCCCGACUCCCUCACCCCCCCCCUCCGGCUUUUACCCCCCUCCCCCUGCACCUCCAGGUUUCCCCCCGCCCCCCUGGUCUCCUUCCCCAUACCCCCCCUACCCGUUUUACCCCCCUCAGGUUCCCCCCCCGUCUGUACCCCCAACUGCCCCGCCUCCAGACACUGA